AUGGCGAGGACCAUGAGACCCGACAACAUCAACCCCCGGACAGGGCUGGUGGUGGCUCUGGUCAGCGUCUUCCUGGUGUUCGGUUUCAUGUUCACCGUGUCUGGCAUGAAGGGGGAGACCCUGGGGGACAUCCCGCUGCUGGCCAUUGGGCCAGCCAUCUGCCUGCCAGGCAUCGCUGCUAUUGCUCUCGCCAGAAAGACCGACGGCUGCACCAAAUGGCCCAAGAAAAACAAGUGUUCGUGCUACAAGCAAGUCAGGGAUCGGGACGUCUUGAGGCUGCUGAGAACCCCCUCAGACCUGGAGUGUGGCAGGAUGAGAUGCAACAGGCUGGCCAAGAAGGCAUACCAGAAGAACAGGAGAGUGCUACGGGGCAAGGACUCUGUGUCCGUCUGCACCACCACCACUGCCGCCAUGGGAGAGUGCAGGAGCUUCAACAGAAAGGUGGAGCAAGAGGAGAUGCUGAGCUACCUGGAGACCUGUUACCCAGAGAUGCCAGGGAAUGUGUUAGUGAGUGAUGGUGCCGUGUACAGUGCCUUGGAAAAGGAGACCUCUUCUCCUACCAGGGACAGCACUGCUGGCCCUGACAUUGAAGACAACAUUUUUGUUGCUCCUAAAGACAGUAUCAUAGUCUGCUCUUACAAGGAAAACAGCCCUUAUGACAGAUACUGUUGUUACAUAAACCCUACUGAAGUCAACUCAGACCAAGAGACCAUAGUGUGA